AUGAAAAAAAGGAUAAAUGCAAUUGUAAAAAAAGGAUGUUCGAGACGUUCUUGUUCUUGUUUUAAAUUUGGUAGUGGAUGUAAUUCAUUAUGUGGAUGUGGUUCAUCUUGUCAAAAUAUGUUCAAUCAUGUUGAAUAUUUCUUUGGUAACAAUAAAAAAUGUGCUGCCAAUCCUUGUUUUUCUCGGUGGCUCGUUCAACAUGCUAAAAAUAUAGAUGGAUUAAAAAUGAUCGAUCGUGAUGAAUUACGUCAAUGUAUUAUGGAAUGUCCUUGUUUUCCAGAUAUGUCUUAUGAUGAAGAUUUGACUGAAUGGACAAAGAAAUGGCAAACAAUUCGUGAAAAUGAAAAAUUAUCUCAUACUCAAAAACUUUUUCGAAUGCUUCUAUCAGAUGAUAAAACAAUGCAUUAUUAUUCAUUUUGUCACAAUGAUUUAUUUCAAGAAGAUUGUUAUUGA